AAUGCAACAACAAUUCGAGCGAGAGUGCAGAUCGAUGGCGGUCACGACGAGCUCGGGGUCUCAAAUCGAUCGAGAAGAAGGGACGAGCGAAGUCGGUGGGCAUCGACGACCCGAGACAUUUCGAGCUCCUUCGCCGCGUGGGCACGCGGUCUCGAGUCAGGACGGACGGGGUUCGGCGAUGGUGGCGAUGGUGGUGAUGGUAGUCCGCCAUUAGAGUGACGGCGGUGGGCCCGCAGCAACGACCGAUUCUUGCGAGAAUCGCGUUUCUAUUCCAGGGCUGCGUCGAGGAAGGAGGAGGUGGAGGAGGAGGAAGGAGGCCGGCGGCCUUUCGGUCAAUACUCGGAAAAGGGCUUCUUGCUCUGCUUCUUGCUGCGCUGCGGUGUCGCGGUCUGCCAAGGUCGGACAGAGCCUCGACUCGCUGGGCCGCAGGCAGACCUUCCGUGGAUCGUUGACUCGCGCCGUCGGGAGAAAUGCCUGGAAGUGCCUUGAUUGUCCGCCAUUCCAUCGCACAUGCCGCGGCCGCUGCGACCAGCUGCCAGAUAUGGAGCCCAGAAUUCCAUAUCCCGUUCAGGUGUUCCGCCCUGCCAAGAUUUUCAUCGGAGCCGCUUCGGGCUUGAAGUCCGAACCACAAGUUUUCUCUAGGGUGUCGGCGGUGGACCGCUCGGAAAUCCUUACGUGGUGGCGCGAGAAUUCCUGAGGUUCUAAUUUGACAGACGUAACGAUUGUGAUCGUAUUCGAAUGAGUUUGUCCCAAAAUUUGCAGAUCGAGUUUCGAUCCCUUGGAGAAAACUCUCGACGCUUGCUUGACCGUCACCAUUGUCAUACGAGGGCCGUUGUGGCGAGGGUCCUGCAGAGAUUGUCGUGACUGCAUCGAUUUCCAGGCACUUUCAUGUAGAGAAUUGGCCUGUUUCGAUUGCAGGGAAUUGGAGAAUUCGCGAGUUCGGCUGCGAUGGCGAAGUCGGAGGCCGGGAUUGAACUGGCGGUGGUAGUGCUGGUGGUGGCCAGGGUAGUUCUUCCCAUUCUGCACUCUCAAGCGGGGACGCUAUGGCGCGAAGCAGCGGGCGUGGUCAUCUUGACCGGCGUCGCCCUCUUUGCGGAUUUUCAAGGUCGGAAACAAUUGCUGGAUCAUCUGAAGCCGAGGUCGAGCAUGUCAUCGGGGAUCCUGCUGGGGGCGGUGACGGUUCCGACCGUGCUUGCCGCUCGUUUAUUGCAGCAUCAGAGAAGCAGCAGCUCGACCGAAAUUUCACAAUUUGCAACCGACCGCAUGAAAUUCGAAUUUUGGCUAGCCGUCGCUUGCAGCACGAGCAUGCUGCUGUACCUGGUAAGCUUCUUGUGGAAGCAGAAACCGAGCAGGUGGUGGCUGUCGUCCAUUUUGGAGUCAUCUUGCACCACGGUGCUCGUACUCACGACCUUCUGGCGCAUGUCUUCCGUGGGUGCGACAGACGGGGCCGUCUGGGCGGCCGUCUACAUCGUGGGAGGCAAAAUUCUGUUCACCCGUGUCCUCGAGACAUUCCCUCACACAGGCACAGUCGGCGAGGUCAUGCUCGCAGUCCAGGGGAUCGUCUUGUACGCAGCCAAUGCCGUGGGAACCCUCGCGGCUGACUCCGAUAAAGAAGCCGAUCAAGCUGUUGUCGAUGCGCUGCUGCAGGGGCUCAUUCUGGGACUGCUCGCCAUGCCCGUCGUCCUGAAACGUCUGCACUUCAGGCUGCCGUCGGUGUUCGGGCGGCUCGACGACCACCGCAUCCCGGAGAAGCAGAGCAGGAUCGACAUGUACAUGAAUCACCGAGCCCGAUCCUUCUACCUGCUGCUGCUCGUGGUGGUUCUGGCGGCCGUCCCGUUGUGGGUGGGCGUCGUGACCGGCCAUGUCCUCAACCCCGUCACCUGGACGCUUCGAUUCGUGUGGCGGCGACCCGUGCCCCGCCUCAUUCUGUGCUGUUACUGGAUCGUCAUCAUCUGCUCGCCGCUGCCGCACUUGCAUCGCAUUUCGCAUCAGAAGCUGGUCCCCAAGAUCCUCAUCCGCAAGUACUACCACGUCAUGAUCGUCUUCAUGUUCAUCCCCGCGCUUCUGUCGGACGCUCGAUUCUUACAGCUCGCAUUCGGCAUCGCCUUCGCCAUUUUCCUCGUGGUGGAGAUGAUCCGCAUCGGCAAGCUGCCGCCUUGCGGCCACUUGAUCGAGCGUUUCAUGGUGGCUUUCACGGACCAUCGUGACUCCGGGUCUCUGAUCAUCAGCCACUUUUCUCUGUUACUCGGAUGCGCCCUGCCCGUCUGGCUCCAUGCAGGAGCCGGAGAUCGACCUCUGGCAGCGUAUGCGGGAAUUCUGAGCCUCGGAGUGAUGGACACCUUCGCGUCGGUGGUGGGAUUCAACUUUGGCUCGACGCGGGUCAGUCCCAACAGCAAGAAGACCGUGGAAGGAACUCUUGCGGGGAUCGGUUCGAUGCUGGUGUCUGUUUUUGCGCUCAUCGUCGUGCUCCCGUCGAGUGCGAGACCCGCAGGAGUGGACGGUUACCUGUCUCUGGUGGCUGCGGUGACCGGGGCUGGAAUCUUAGAGGCUUACACGCUGCAGCUGGACAAUGCAUUCAUCCCGUUAUUAUUCUACGCAAUGUUGUGCCUGUGAGGAUGAUCCCGAUGGAGAAUUCUCAUUCUCCACAGGGGAUGGGAAUUUUCCUCCUGUUCAGGAAAUGUUCAAAUUCUCGUCUGGCCAGGGGAUGAAGUCUGGUAGAAGGUGCCAAGGACGCCGGGAUCGAAGAAUUCGACUGCUGGCCCGGUUCUUCGAGCUCUUCUUCACAUUUCCAGACUUCAACACAUGAACGACUGUUUCAAAUCUCCAGGAAAGGAGCUUCGAGGACUGAAAUGAAAGUGGUGUAUUUCGCCGGUGCACUCGCAAGCUGAUGUUGUAGUACGUGGAGCUCCGAUCCGCUUCAGGAGGAGGAAUGUGGCAACCUGAGCCUCCGGCUGGCACCCGCGGACGUAAAUAGCGGUGGGAAAGAUGGAAACGAGAAGGACUGAUUGGAACGAGCAAGUGCACCAAAUUGUUCUAGUUAAGCUUUCCAGCGAGUGCAAAAUUUGUUCUUCUACUCUUAGUCAAAUACCUCGCCAGUUCACUCGUACCGAGGUUUUAGGAAACACGCUCAAACCAAACCCCGGGGCUGAUCAGAGGCUAAAUUGAGAUAAAUUUCAAUGUCGCCACUCCGCCGAAAGCAUCUAUUUCCAUAAAUGCGAUUGUAGUGAAAACCAAUGAACACGAGCUGUGGUUUGGAAGCCGGGAUGCAGAAGAAAAUAGAAAGAAUUGGAACUCGCUGUCUGCAAGAAGAUGUCCUCUUUCAGUUCGGCAGGAAGACGAUGUGCAGAAGCAAAUGUCAAUGCAGACAACCGUGAACGUACGGGAAGGUCACGGCAGCAUGCUGUUCUGGAACCGACCGUGUCAAGAGAAACGUCCGAGACGCAGCGCAGGAACAUGGUGUCUCGUGCGGAACUGCAUCAAGAGCAGCGGGGAAAUGGUGGUGAACUCAAGAACAACAACUUGACUCUCGCACAUCAGAUCAGCCGACAGCCCCGAACCGAAUCCCUAACACAACCACAAUGAUGCGCACUCCACGACCACUUCGAAAACCCCAGCAGAAUGGCCGCCAAUUCGAUCGACCAGAUUGCAUCGAACCCGGAGCCCUUCACGGAACAGGGCGAAGAAGGCUAGACGACCUCGUUCGGCGACACACUCACAUCGACAGCAACGAGAUGCGGCUCGCUGAGGGAGGGAGGCGUGAGUGCACGAAUAUUCUCGAUGCUCUGCCUGCCAGCGCUGGGCAACAGUAGGUCGGCCAUUCUUUAAAAUACUCUGGAAUAGAAUAAGUAGAAGAGCAUGGCCACUGCGAAAUCUCCCGCCUGGCCGGACUCCGGCGUCAGCGUUCGCUGCCCACGCUGGCUGGCUCGCUGGCUGGCUGGUGCCAUACAUACCCUUCCGACACACAGGGUUGCCAGAAUGGUUGCAAUCCGAGACUUGUCCUAAAGCUCGAUGCUCCUUUCCUCUCCCUGUCAGUAGCUUCGAGAGGAGGAGGCGGAGGGAGGGAGAGAGCGAGCGAGCGAGCGACGGAGGGAGGUCUCGGUUCGGCGAGCAGCGCUUGCAGGGAGCUUUUAUUGCGCAACUGAUUCGAUCGCGGUUGGGUUUUGGUUUUGUGAUUGUUUGUCGAGGGAGGGGGAGAUCGUUUGCUGUCGGAGUAUAGAGAGAGGGGGGAGAGAGAGAGAGAGAGAGCGCUCAUGGCUUCGUUCGCGCACUCGCACUUUUUGAACCCGUCGACAUCGACGAGUCAGAGUGCGUGUACGUGCGGCUCGUUCGUGGCAGGCCCUUUCAACAACUUCCAGUGCAGAUGUGCGGAGCGGCGCGGUGUUGCCAACAUGAAUACCGAGUUGAAAGCGAAGCUGAAAUUUCUGCAAUCCUUUGAGCCUGGUCCUAUGAGCGAUUCUUUUCGAGGAGACUUGAAGCUGAUGGGCAGCGAUAACAUUCCCGUUUAUGCGCACCGAUUUAUUAUGUCGGGCAAGUCGCCCGUAUUCAAGAAGAUGUUCGAGACUGAGAUGGAGGAAAAGGAGACAGGUGUCGUUAAAAUUGUGGAUUUCACUGCUCCUGUCUUACGAGCCAUGGUCAACUUCUGCUACACCGCAGAAAUUGCCUUCUCCAUCACAGCACCUGCUGAGGAAGUGCUGAAGGUUGCUCACAAGUAUGAUAUUCCUGAACUCAAGAUAGUCUCUGAAGACGAACUCUCAAGAGGUUUUACAACAAACAACAUAUGUCUUAGACUGUGGCUUGCUUCUAUGUACGGGUCGAAAAAGUUGGAGACCGAAGCUAGCAAAUAUGUAAAAGAUAACUUCGAGACAAUUUUCCCGAUUAUCAGAAAGCAAAUAGUCCCAGGUUCGUUUGGCUUCUCAUU